AGAGCGAAGAGCCCGCGGUAGUAAUGCUCUCAGGAGGAUAACACAAGCACACAACAGCACAGCAGACUGCACGCUACACGGGCAGCUCUGGACUUCAUCACUGCUCCAGAAGAGCAGUCUGAGCGGAACUGUGUGGCUUGUCGCCGGCGGUGGCGACAGAAAAAAAACAAACAAACCAAACAAAACAGAACCAUGGUCACGAUGGAGCAACUUUGCGAGAUGGAGUGCAGCGCUCUGAAAAGGCUGCUGAAGGACGACGGCGCCAAGUGCCUGCUGCUGGACUGCAGGUCCUUCCUGGCCUUCAGCGCCGGACACAUACGAGGCGCCGUGAACGUACGCUGUAACACCAUCGUCCGCAGGCGAGCCAAGGGCUCCGUCAGCCUGGACCAGAUCCUGUCCGGCGACGACGAGGUGAAGUCCAGGCUGGUGUCCGGCCUCUACUCCGCCGUUAUUCUGUACGACGAGCGGACGCCGGACGCACACAUGGUUAAAGAGGACAGCACGAUCGCGCUGGUGCUGAACGCGCUGUGCAGGGACACGUUCAGGGCGGAAGUCUAUCUGUUAAAAGGCGGCUAUGACAGAUUUUGCUCUCAGUACCCAGACUACUGUUUAAAGAGCAGGACGCUGCCUAUGCCUAGUGCUGUGUCCAGCGCUCAGGCCAGCUCAGAGGCCAGCUGCACCUCCUGCGGGACUCCCCAACAUGAUCAGGGUGGACCUGUGGAGAUCCUACCUUUCCUGUUUCUUGGUAGUGCCUUCCAUGCCUCUAAAAAGGACAUGUUAGAUGGUAUGGGGAUUUCUGCUUUACUGAAUGUGUCUUCAAACUGUCCGAACCACUUCGAAGGGGCCUAUCAGUACAAAUGCAUCCCAGUGGAGGACAACCACAAAGAGGACAUCAGUUCUUGGUUCAUCGAAGCCAUUGAAUUCAUAGACUCUGUGAAAGACUCCAACGGUCGUGUGCUGGUGCACUGUCAGGCGGGCAUCUCUCGAUCAGCCACCAUCUGCCUGGCCUACCUGAUGAAGAAAAAACGCGUGCGCCUGGAGGAGGCCUUCGAGUUUGUCAAGCAGCGGCGCAGCAUCAUCUCACCCAACUUCAGCUUCAUGGGUCAGCUACUGCAGUUCGAGUCGCAGGUGCUGGCCACCUCAUGCUCCGUGGAGGCCGCCAGUCCUUCGGCCACACUGGGGCCAAAGUCUUCCUCCUCCCCGAACUCUCCCUACAUCUUCAGCUUCCCUGUGUCUGUGGUGCCGCAUGGACAACCCAGCAGCCUCUCGUACCUGCAGAGUCCCAUCACCACCUCACCCAGCUGCUGAUAAAACAUUCUGGCCAGCAAGACCUCCAGACUAUAUGAGGAGAGCUGUGCCAAGGACUUGUUUACCAGCAACAUGAAGGAUUCGUGAUUGGGGCAAUGGACAUCCCUCUGAAUGGAAAUCAGAGGGUCAGGACAACAAGAGAAUUUCUUUGCCCAAAUGAAUAGAACUUGGUUCUUUGCCCAAAUGAAUAGAACUUGGUUCUUUGCCCAAAUGAAUAAGAACUUUCGAGGCUGCUUACAUGUGGUUGAUAUGGGGCGGGGUAGUUCAGUCACUGGCAACCAAUGCUGAACUUGAUUGGGACAAGGAACAUCAGAAGAAAGAAGGUAGAAGAAUGAAUGAGAGUGGUGCAUUUGUUAUUUUACCUGAGGGUUCUUCCAAAGCCUUUCUGUGUUUGGUAAGCUGGGUUGGAUGAGAGCAGUGGGGAUGAGGACGUGUCUCCUCUCCUCCCUCUCCUUUUUUUCUUUUUUCCUCUCUUCCUGAUGGAGAGCAGGAGCCCUUCAGCUGGGACAGGACUCUCCGGUCUUUCCAUUUAUCACCCCCUGCCCCCCCCCAACCCCAACCGGAAAGAGGACUGGUAGAAAGACUAGGCUCCUUCAGCAGAGACGGACCUGCUGGAGCUCCAGGACAGGGGCUUCAUGCAGUAAGUCUUUCAUUUAGGGUAUUUAUUUUUGGUCAGUGCCUUGCACAGAGAAGGUACAGGACAUCUGCGGGUUCCUCUGGGCAAUUGUCCUGCCUUUAAAAGUAGGAUCAGAUACCAUUCAAAGGCAGACUGACGGGCAACUAUUGCAAAGCGACAAAAAAGCAUUUCAAUCUGCAAUACAGACAUGUUCUACUCUGUUUCUCUCACUAAAAAUAGAGCAAUAACCUCCCUGCCUCUUCCCAGUUGCCACCAAAGCACUGUCGUGUUUUCAACGUCCAUCACAUUGUAUGAUCGUGCUUUUUAAGGGUUUCUGAUUUCUGAUUUGAUUGCUCAUUUGUACAGUAGCAGACCCAGCCAUUAUUUCUGCUGUAUGCCUUACAGAUAAUGACUGUGGAGUUCUCCAGUACGGAAUGUUCUCAUUUUUAAAUUAUUAUGGUACAGAUUAUGUUUUGUGGAGGGCACACAUUUUGAUAGGUCACUUGUCUAACCACUGUAACCUUACUUUUGUAUGUAAAAAUAAUUCUGUUUAGCUACUGCAACACUCAUCACCAAGGGCCGGAUACACUGAGCCACCUACACGUACGACUACACUGGAGAAUAUAUGAAAAUAGCGAAGACUGAGAUGCCCACAUUUCAUGGCCUUCCUGAGAGUUUGUUUGCUUUAGUUUUCCCACACAGCUCUGUAAGAGAAUCUGCAUUUUAAUUCUUCAGCUUGCCUUGAAGAAUGAAGUAUAUUUGAACAUUCAAAUGGGGUUAGAAUGCUUUCCCCCCUCUUUUCCUUAUGAAUGUGGGCACCUUUUAUAGAGCACUUUUAAGUGAUGCAAUAUUGUAUUAUAAGUCGAGAUUUCUUUUGCACAUGGUUGGAGUAGAGACAGCUGCCUAGCUGAUUACUGUGCGUUUGUUACACCCAUUAGAGCUUUACUUUGUGUAUGUAAACGAUAUGGUCUGUCACCAAUCACUGAUGAAUGCAAUACUUUUUACUGUACCUUGUCAACUGAAAUGUUAGUCUGACUGCCCAUGGCAAUAUCAUUCUGAAGGGUUCAAUUUUUAAACCUUACCCUGUUUUGUUGUAUAUGUAUAUUUUAUUUAUUCCUUGAUUUCCAUUGUUAAAUAUAACAAUG